UUAGACCAGACCAUAGAAGAAUCAGAUCAAACCGGAUGAAGUGAGCCCAUCCUAAUUUGGCGGCAGCAAAAGUGAACACGAAGACCCGGGGGCGCAUCAUCCACAUUCCAGGAGAAAGACCCAGAUAGAACACGGGUGAAAAUGGUGGUAAUCGCACCUCCCACUUCUCUUUCUCUCUCUUCGUGUAAAUGCCGCCCUUCUUUCAAUCCUCCUACACUUUCCAAGCUCCUGUUCCCCAAACCAAAACCAUUUACAAUUGUGGCAAUGAGUGAUGACCCAGUUCUUGAGUGGAUUCUCACUGAAGGGAAAGCAAAACAGAUUAGUAAAUCAAGUCCUGUUGGUGGUGGUUGCAUCAAUCUUGCCACCCGUUACGACACCGAUGUCGGUCCUUUCUUUGUUAAAACUAACAGGAGUAUUGGCCAAUCCAUGUUUGAAGGGGAAGCUCUUGGUUUAAGACUUAUGUUUGAAACCAAUACAAUUCGCGUCCCCAAGCCAUAUAAGGUUGGAUCUUUACCGCGAGGUGGCUCUUACAUCAUCAUGGAAUUCGUAGAAUUUGGAGCAGCUAGAAGUGGCCAGCCAGCUUUAGGGAAAAAGCUUGCAGAAAUGCAUAAAGCUGGGAAAUCUGACAGAGGCUUUGGCUUUGAAGUUGAUAAUACUAUCGGGAGUACCCCACAGAUUAAUACCUGGACAUCAGAUUGGAUUGAGUUUUAUGGAAAGCAUAGACUGGGCUACCAACUUAAAUUGGCUCGAGAUCAGUUUGGAGAUUCUUCUAUCUACGAAAAAGGACAAAAGUUGGCAAAGAACCUGGCACCACUGUUUGAGAAUGUUGUGAUUGAGCCAUGUUUGCUGCAUGGAGAUCUAUGGAGUGGGAAUGUAACCUAUGACAAGAAUGGAGAACCUGUUAUUCUUGAUCCAGCAUGCUAUUAUGGACAUAAUGAAGCAGAAUUUGGAAUGUCAUGGUGUGCUGGCUUCGGUUCAUCAUUUUACAACGCCUAUUUUGAGGUGAUGCCCCAACAACCAGGAUUCGAGAAACGAAGAGACCUUUACAUGUUGUAUCACUACCUUAAUCACUAUAAUCUUUUUGGCUCAAGUUAUCGUUCAUCUGCCGUCUCUAUAAUCGAAGAUUAUUUGCAGAUGCUAAAGAUUUAGACUCAGUUUUACCUGAUGUAUAUUUCCUGUAAAUGAUUUUUAAUUUGAAUGUAUCAGAUUAUCAGCAAAUAUUCUGUAUCCUCUGACAAUGUAUCACUCUUAGAUUAAAACUAAUGUAUAAGGAAUACUAUAGAGUAUGUAUUAUCAGAAUAAUGUUCGAAUAAUUAAAUUAUUCGUGUUAAUGAUUUAUGCUUGUAUUUACUUUUUAAUAAUAA